GAGUUGAGCUACUAGGGUUUGUGUUGUGACUUUCGUUUCAGCGCAACUGUGCACAAAGCAAAUCACCUCGCCGCGCCUCCUUCUCCUCCUCCGCCACCAUGGGUCGCAUGCACAGUCGCGGUAAGGGUAUCUCCGCUUCGGCUCUGCCUUACAAGCGAACCCCUCCCAAUUGGCUCAAGAUCUCCUCCCCGGAUGUAGAAGAGAACAUCUGCAAGUUCGCAAAGAAAGGCAUGACUCCAUCACAGAUCGGCGUCAUUCUUCGUGACUCUCACGGUAUUGCUCAGGUCAAGAGCGUCACUGGAAGCAAGAUCUUGCGUAUUCUCAAGGCUCACGGGCUUGCUCCUGAAAUUCCUGAGGAUCUGUACCACUUGAUUAAGAAGGCUGUUGCGAUUAGGAAGCAUCUGGAGAGGAACAGGAAGGAUAAGGAUUCUAAGUUUAGGUUGAUUCUCGUCGAGAGUAGGAUUCAUAGGCUGGCUCGCUACUACAAGAAAACUAAGAAGCUCCCUCCCGUCUGGAAAUACGAGUCAACCACUGCCAGCACUCUUGUGGCUUAGGCAAAAAGCGUGUUCGACCUCAGCAAAGUUUUCGGAUAAUCAUGAGGCAUGGGUUCAGCAAGCAAGAUAGUCUUCAUGUUAGUUUGGAUAUUUUGUUUAAAUGAGAAUUGUAACUCAUAAUGGUGGGAAGAUUUCAUUAUUUUGAUUUGAAAUGGAUGACCAAAUAGCAGCUUUUCUUUUUAUGCUUGAAAUUGAAUGGUUAUUUCCAUUUGCUGUUGGAGGAAGUUUGUUUAUGUUGAACAUUUUGCAGCGUUCGUUGCAUUUACCA